CGUGCACCUUGCCUGUGCGCAAGGUUCUUUCGACAUCAUCAAGAUGAUGCUUGACAGCCAGCCUAAGAACGCCGCAUCCGUUCUACACAUGCAAGAUGUCCAGCAGAUGACGCCACUGCAUCACGGCGCCAUGUUUGAUCAUGUCGACAUUGUUCAGUAUCUGCUGGAUCAGGGGUCCAACAUCGACGCCAGGGAUAAGGAGGGUCGGUCGGCGGUGCUGCUGGCGGCCUCUCGCAGCGCGUGGCGCGCCGUCACCGCGCUCAUAGACAGAGGCUGUCGGCUGAACGAGAAGGACGACCAGAAUCGCAACAUACUGCACUUCGUCGUCAUGAACGGUGGCGACAUAGAUGCGCUGGCCGUCAUACUGCUACGCAAAGAAGACUUCUCGGACAAGAAGCUGUGCGAGUGUUUUCUGAACGAGCGUGACGCUACCGGCUGCACGCCGCUACACUACGCCUCCAGGGCUGGCCACCUCAAGAGCUUAGAGAACCUCAUCCGCUUGGGGGCGCAAGUGAACCUCAAGGACAAGGACGACCAAUCACCGCUGCACUUCGCCGCGAGGUAUGGGAGGAGGAACACCUGUCGUAGACUGCUGGACUCUAGCAGCGGUCAGUUCAUCAUGAAUGAGACUGACGGUAGUGGCCGCACAGCGCUGCACAUCGCUGCAGAGGGCGGUCACGUCAAGGUCGUGCAGCUGCUCAUGCAGAGAGGAGCGCUCGUUCACACGGACCACGCGGGGCGAUCGCCGCUCCAUCUGGCGGCCGCGAGUGGCUACACAUGGACGAUCAAGCAACUGCUAGCGGUUCACGCUCACCUGCUAGACAAGGUCGAUAAAGACGGGAACACGGCGCUCCACCUAGCGGCGGAGAAUGGACAGUCGAGGGCUGUCCAGCAUCUGUUAGACAGGAAUGCCAGCGUGAAGGUCAUGAACGAUCAAGGUCAGACGGCGCUCGGACUCGCUGUAGAGAUGCAGAAUGCAGAGACAGCGUCUACGUUCAUCAACAACUGCAGGUGGCACGAAAUCAUGAACGCAAAAUGCGGAAACUUGUGCGUCAUGGGACGAAUGAUCCAGCACCUACCGGAAGUCGCCGCGGUGGUGCUGGAUAAAUGCCACACAACAGCAGACGCCGAAGAUGCUAAAGCGGAAAAUUUCUACGUAAGAAUAUCAACAUAUUACUGA